AUGGCCAGGACUCCCCUCCUGCUGCUGCUGCUCGGCCUGGAGCUCGCAGGCUGCUCUGGGAUCCACGGCCGGGAGCAGAGCGUAAGGAUCCGGUUCGGUGGCAGCACCGCGGGGCCCCAGCAGGCGGGCCAGCGCCUGGAGCUGGAGUGUGUGCCUGACAGGAGGGACGCUGGCGUGCUCUGGAUCCGCCAGGACAAGGAGGAGGCCCUGCACUUCAUUGCCUACAUCUCUUACAUGAGCAAAGCCACAUUUGAGGGGAACCAGAGGACAUCCUCACGCUUCGAGGUGAAGAGGGCCAUGAGCUCCUACCAGCUGGUGGUGAGGGCUUUCCAGCCGCAUGAUGAGGGCACAUACUUCUGCCUGGUGAACAGCAACCAAGUGCUGUACUUCAGCACUGGCCUGCCUGCCUUCUUCCCAGUCACCACCACCACAGCACCUCCCACCACCCAGCACGGCACCACCACACAGGACUCCUGCCUGAGGACCACAGAUCCAGGCACCAGCAGAGAGGAGCUGAAUUUCUUCUGUGACCUCUUGAUCUGGGUUCCCUUGGCAGGUGCCUCCCUCCUGCUGGCCAUCGCCCUGACGCUCACCCUCGCACUGUGCCAGCAGACCAGGAGCCGAAGAUGCAGAUGUAAGAGGCCUGCACACAGGACGCCCCAGGUGAAGCCGGGCACGCCGAGCCGGCACGCCUAG